GCGGCUCUCUCCUUUCACAUUUUGCUUCUGCUGCUCCUCUAUUGCAGAGCACACCCACCACUCCUCUCUCCCCAAGGUUCUCGUUCUACUCUACAAAGCCCUACCUCUUUACCUCCACUUGAGUACCCUCUGUUCUGACUACCCUAGUGACUAAGGCCCUGUUCGGAUCCCCUCCACUCCCCAAUUGCAGCUCCCGGAGCGGAGGGAGCACCAGCACAAUCGCGCGGAGCGGCUCGAACCCAGCUCCUCGCGCGGAGCGGAGUUGGGAGUCUGGAAAGCUUUCGAACAGGCUAUAAGUGGCCACCUGCUCCUGCUGCAUCGAUUUGGUUCUGCAGUUAAGGUUUGUUGCUGAUAUUAUCAGUUUGGACUUCGAGUGAACUACUAGUACCAUAAUAGGGGGAUGGAACCUAUGGUUGUCGGUACACUACCUGAUAAUCUGGUGGUUGAAAUCCUCUCUCGGCUGCCGUUCAAGUCUUUUUGCCGCUUCAAAUGUGUCUGCAAGUCCUGGCUUGCCUUCUCAUCAAAUCCAAACUACCAUGAGAACCUGCCAAAAAUUCCCACCGGCCUUUUCUGCCAAUACCAAGACCUUAAUAAGAAGGCUACCAAGCUUAUUGGCCAGCCCCGAAAGGUGGAGCAAAUUGAUGGAGCACUUAGUUUCUUGCCACAGUACCCACAACUGGAGCUUAUGGAUUGCUGCAAUGGCCUAGUCCUCUGCAUGCGUAGGAGCAUGGAUUGGAACAACCGUAAAAUUAUCUACCACUUCAUUGUGUGCAACCCCGCAACACAAGAGUGGACGAAGUUACCUCAUACCCGUCCUUACCAAGAACAUGGUAUUUGCCAAGCUAUGUUGGUUUUCAACCCAUCAUGUUCCCGACAGUUCUAUGUCCUCAACUUUAAACGGGAUCCUUCAACUUCGUUCUUGAGCGGGCUCGAGGUGUUUUCAUCCAACCUUUCCACAUGGCUUGUGUAUGAUGCAUGGUGGAAUUCUGGGAUGCCCACUGUUAUUGGAUACCGACACUUGUUCAUAGAUGGUUCACUUUAUCUGUUUAGUCUGCGGAGGAAUUCAAGGAGGAUCUUGGUGUUGAACGGCUUCGAGGCGAUGAGUUCCUGCAUUUGUUGGGAAACCAAGCUGGAGAUGAUUUGUGUGUCUUCAGUUCGGCAAGUAAUACUAUUGCUGUAUGAAAGGAAGGAAGCUGGCCUAGUCUAGUAGAUGGUGUUAAGAAGGCCUUUUUGUUGAAGUACUUUUUGUAUCUUCAUUUUGCUUCCAUUUGGUUAAUUUGUAAGGGUCUAAUCAAACACUCUGAGUUCUGAAA